AUGGUGGACUCUUCUUCUUUUGCUUCUUACAUCCACAUGGUGCAUCAAUUGAUUGAGAAGUGUCUACUGUUCCACAUGACAAAGGAAGAGUGUAUGGAAGCUCUCUUUAAGCAUGCAAAUAUCAAACCUGUCAUUACUUCAACUGUGUGGAAGGAACUGGAGAAAGAAAACAAGGAUUUCUUUGAGGCCUAUUAUGCAAGAAACAACAGAGGAGACCGAAUGUCUGAAUCAGAAACUACCCGAAAGAUCCAAAAAAUGCUGUCCGAGUCAUCUGCUUCCUCACCGGCCAGUUGUGGAUCAUCCGUAGGAUUUCAAGAUAAAAAUGAUCAAAACGAACAUAAUUAA